UCAACCUUCCCCAAUUUGGUAACCCUAACUAUAAUCCGCUCGAUCGCUUUCUGUCAAUCUCUCUCGAAUCACACAGUAUAUAGGCCAUACUCUCCAAUUAUGUGCGAUUUGGUGUUGAUGUAAACCGUGGUGGCAUGUUGCGAAUCACAAUCAAAACACAACGACGAGAUAGAUCAUGCCGUAGACAUCUUCCCAUGCCGAUGAUCCCAAAUAAGGAAGACAGCGUUGACGAGUGCAGUUUAUACAACAUUGAACGAGGUAAAACCAUUAAUCUUGAACUGAAAGUUCAUUAUAAUAAGAGGUGUAGUGGCUCUUCUCUCAUGGUUGGCUCGCCACUGUAGAAGAAAAUAUUGCCAUAACCCCGAUAAACCCUUUUACAAAGAUUUUUUGGAGUCCGGCUGCGGCCCAUUUGGAUUCUCCAUUGGCUAUAUAUCUUCAUGUCUUAAAGAGAAACCAUUACCUGCUAACACUUGAUAGAACUGCUAGUGCACUCAAAGGCACUCCUUUGAUUGCAAUGGAUAGAUUUAGACAAGAACUAUUUCUACGUGGGAGACGGUUGCACACACUGUCCCAUGAUGGCCCAACAGAAAGUCUGAAGAGAAGGAUUGCUGAAUUGGGGAAGAAGGGGAGAAGGAAGAAUCCGAAGAAGGAUCAAGUAUUUGUAGAGGUUCCAGAGCCAAAAACGUUUCUUGACACUGCAACCAUGCCACUGAUUCUUACUGCAGCAGGAAUUGUACUCUUCGCCAAGCUUCUCAUGAUGUACGAUGAAUCAAGAUCCCAAGAGUUGAUUGAGCGCAAAAUAAAAAAUGCUCCAGCUGUUCAAGGAUCAGUGAGGAUGCUUACUCGAGAGGAGUGGGAGGAAUUUCGAGAGAUACGUCCAAGGACCCCUCUCGAGUCCAAGCUUACUCGUCCAAAUGCAAAAGUUAGAACUGGAGAACCAGUGCACAAAUGUUUUCCCCCACUUUAUUUUGUUUGUCAAUAACUUGCUGAUCAUUGAUGACUCUUUGGAAUAAACAUAUUUCGGCUGAUAUUUCUAG